AGAAAAUGAAAGUGAAUUUAACUGCCAGAAGACGUUCUCUGAGCCUUCCGAAAGAAAUGCCGAUGGGAUAUUCAAUAUUGACAACUUUUCCGUGACCAGUAGUGGUGAUACAUCGACAGUUGCAGCUCUACAUUCUUCGAUUGAUAACUUUAGCACUGCAAUACAGAACCUAACGACAGAAGCCGGGUCAAUUUCGGAAACCGUUGAGCGACAUUCAAGUGUCAUUGAUGCUUUUGCACUAAAAUUCCAAAACAUCCCCGAUGUUUUCAGUGUGCUGGAUAUGGAAACCAGCACUAUAUCCAGCAGAGUCGAAGGACUAGAGGACAGCCUUCAUGAGAAGAUCGAGGUUAUGUCCAACAGGGUUGACAUAUUGGCGAGUAGUCUUCAUGACAAGAUGGACAAUAUCUCUGGCAGAGUUGACAAAUUGGCGGAGAUGGUGGAGAAAGUCGUCAAGUGCGAGCGGCUUGCGAUGGAAAAGUUUGGGCAUUUAACUAAGCGCAUGGAGCAUCCUGUGUCAUUCCAAUCACAGAGUAAGGCCGCCGUUGAUUUGCGACGUCGAAGCCCGCUAGAUCAACUAUAGCAGAUCAUGGGUUGAUGGAGCAGGGUAUUUUCCUUUUUAUUAUUGGCCUUUACCAUCUCCUUGUAUGAUAUUGUCUGGAGUA